AUGUCUUCACCCGACCGAAAAUUCAUCAACACAAGCAAGAUAAUCAGCGAUUCUGUAGCUGAGGCCAUCUACAACGGACUUGAGGACAAGGUCGCUACGGAAAACAUUGCUGCUGGACGUGUAGGAAAGUUUAAAGGCGAUCCUAAAUUCGCAGAGGCCAAAGCAUAUGCCGAUUCAGAAGUCUCCAAGCGACUGCCCGCGGCUAUUUUACAUGCUGAGGUUGAAGCUAGGGCCGGACAGGGAGAUCAGGGUGCAGAUUUUGUCCUCUCCAAGCUGCCUGUAUCAGAGGAAGUUCAGAGCCAGAUACGCGGGCUGUUUCAACAAUACGGUUGGCCAACAGUCUGGCAGUCUCUUGACUCAAUCGAGGGCUGCGGAGAUGGUCCUACAUCGACUUGGCAAGAUGUGGACAAUGACCUGCUCGUGAGGCUAGGGGACGAGAAACUGCUGGGAAUGAACAAGAUAGCAGAUGCAGACGUUCCCGCACCAGGCCCACAACUACCUGGCGACCAAGCGCUAGACGACGUCGAGGAAAUCCGAGAUCUAGUCGCACGACGCAACAGAGCGCUCGACUCGUUAGACCUUGAUCAACUCGAGAGAGAUGGGUUACAUACGGAUUUGAGUGAGAUAGGUUGGCCGGUAUCUCUUUGCAAAGGUGGCUCACAGACAGCGAGGCCGAAGAAUGAGUCGUUCGAUGUCCGCGACCUCUAUGCGCUACUCUGUAUCAUGCGGCACAUGAUGAUGCGGCACAGCGAUGUUGUGACCGGUGACUUGCGUCUCUUCUUUAAGAAUCAGAACAGCAAAAGGUUUGGCAAUAAGUGGAGCAAUAUGCAACGAACAUGCAGCAAAUAUUGGAAGGAAGCAGAUGACAAGGACCUGAUACAGCUGUACGAGGGCGUCAACAAGACUUUCAAGGAUAUUGCUCGAGAGAACUUCGCAGAGUUUCGAGAAGCCGUGAGGAGCUUUUCGGAACCGGAUAUGCAGAUCGAGAUCGCGUUUCUUAUUGCGAAGAAAAGGGAAGUGAAAGAAUCCGACGAUGACGCAGGUAACAGUGCUGGUGACGGAAAUUAG